CGGCUGUUGUGAGCUUGCGAGGUCGGAGGUUGACGGGGCGCUAAUUUCUCUGCUCAGACUUGGGAAAGGAUUCUUGUCCCUCUGUGUGCAUCCCCCCGGCGAUACUACACAAGGAGGGGGAGAGACGCAGCCGAGGUUUCAAUAGUCUCAUCUUGCUCGAUUUGCAAUUUGCACACGCGCGUGCCAACCUACCCGCCUCCGAAGCCCAACUCCCUGAGUCUCUCGGGGACAAUUCAGGCCCGACUGAUACGAUCAGCACCGAGCCAGGCACCCUCUCUCCCCACAAGGCACCAGGGUAACAACAUCAAGAAGGAAGAAAGAAAAAAAAGGAGGAGGAACAAGAAAAAGCUAGGGGAACAAUGUCCUACUUCCGCAUAACCCUCCACCGCUCCGCCAUCGGCCUGCCCAAGCGCACGCGCGGCGUGCUCGCCGCCCUGGGCCUGCACCGCCGGGGCCAGAUCGUGUUUCACCCGGUCAGCGCCCAGUUCGCGGGCAUGAUCAUGAAGGUCAAGGAGCUGGUCAAGGUCGAGGAGGUCGACCGGGCGCUGAGCAAGCGCGAGGUGCACGAGCAGCGGCGGCCGGACCCCGGCUUCUGGGUCGAGAGCGUCGGCGCCUUCCAGCGCCAGCGCCAGCUGCUCGAGGGCAGCAGCGCCGAGGAGGGCGAGGUCAGGUUAUGAGGAGGAGGAGUCAGGAGUUAGGAUUAGGUAGGGGGAGCGUGACUGAUCUUGUCGCUUUUUGUUUUGAGUGCCGGAUGGGGCUGGGGUGAUGGCCUACAAGGAGAGAGAGAGGGAGGAGGGAGGGAGAGAAAGUCCGCGGCACCAGCGAGAGGGAUGGAUCCUUGCUCCCCAGGAAAGGAAAAAGGGGGAUUGAGCGCGGGAUGGUGGUUGAUAAUAGAGGGGAAGCAGGUGUC